UGCAGGUGUAUGUCCGGAGUGUGGGAGCAGCCUGCCGGAUCGGUGCAGGCAGUGAAGGCGCUUUGAAAACCUCCAUCUCUGGCCGGGAGUCGACUGGAGCUGUCUGGCUGGUCCCGCUGCACUACUAUGACUCUGAGCUCCUGAAGAUUUUGCUCUUAUUAAAAACAAUUCGCCGUCCCUCUUGCAGCCCACUUGAUUCCUCGAUGGGUUCCCGCAGCCAAGGCUUCUUCCACCACCACCACCACCACCACCACCGUAGCUCCAUGGUGCCCGCUGCGGUGCCGAGGCUGCUGCCUGAGAACGGCAGCCUGCUGGGCGGCAUCGCGCAAAUCACCCCCAACCUCUUCCUCAGCAGAGGGAACGUGGCGUCCAACCGCAGCCUGCUGCUGUCCAAAGGCAUCACCUGUGUGGUCAACGCCACCAUCGAGCUCCCCAACUUCAACUGGCCUCACAUGGAGUACGUAAAGGUCCCGCUGGCCGACAUGCCUCACUCCCCCAUCUCCUUGUACUUCGACAGCGUGGCUGAUAAGAUCCACAGCGUGGGACGAAAGCGGGGGGCGGUGCUGGUGCACUGUGCAGCGGGGGUAAGCCGCUCAGCCUCUCUGUGUCUGGCGUACCUCAUGAAGUAUCACCGCGUGUCUCUGGCCGAGGCCCACGCCUGGGUCAAAGCCCGCCGCCCCGUCAUCAGGCCCAACGGCGGCUUCUGGCGCCAGCUCAUCGAGUACGAGAGGAAGCUGUUCGGUAGAAACUCUGUAAAGAUGGUGCAGACGCCCUACGGGGUCAUACCUGAUGUUUAUGAGAGGGACCGCAGGAGCCUGGCUCCAUACUGGGGCCUGUGA